AAAAUAAACACGAUAAAAAUUACGUUUCAAAUUGCACAAAAUGUAUUUAUUGUAGACUUUAGUUUUUAUAUAACAUUUAUGAAUAAAUUACAUAGAAUUUGUAACAAGGACAUACCUUAAAAGCUUCCACCUCUCUCAGCCAUCUAGCUGUAAAGAACUCUGCUUGUGAGAACAACGCCGAAAACGCCUCCUCAACGAAACGAAAUGAAAGAUGUCAUGAACGUCACCAUGGCGGCGCGCUUGCUGUCCAUUUUACGAUCGCCUUAUCGUGAUUUAAGCACCUUUAGCUUAUCGACCUUGUCACGCGAAUCCCGCUUAUGCCAUCUUCGACGUCGCGGACUUCCCUUGACGGAGACUAUGAAGCGAUCUCAAGUGUCACUUUAUUCGACGCCGAUAUCAACGCGAUAGCGUUUCGAUUCCAGACCUUCCACCCCCCCAACGGAGUCGGUAUGGUGGUUUGAUGGUUUCAAAGCGUUCGCGGAACUGUCACUUGAACCCCACUUGACAUCGCGUAACAUGGCCUCUUCGUCGACUUAUCAGUCGCUUACUUCCCUCAACAUGAAUCCCAAUCGCCACACAGAGUCCGACGACAGCACAGAAGAGAUGGAACGUCUCGGCUGCGACUGCGUCUUCCUUCGGCGCUUUCGAAGACUUUCGGCCGUCGCACUGUCCCAUCCAGCCGCCGUGCUCGUGGUACUAGUCCUUCUAGUCCUUUCGGUAACCUAUGAGGUGAUCGUGUACCAGGUCGGCCUCACCACGAGCCAGUAUUACGUGGUCCUCGCCAAGAAGGACUGGUGGGGUUUCGUCAGCCACACCGCGUUCUGCCUGGGGCUGAUCGUCGCCGUCGCCCUCGUCAAAAGCUCCAAGAACUACGUGGCUUGCACGGUGACGGUGCAGUGGCGCCAGCUACUCACGAAGCGCCUCCAGGAACUCUACUUUUCGGGCAGGGUCCAAUACAAGGUGAACGUGGUCGAAGGGGCCAUCGACAACCCGGACCAGCGGAUCACCCAAGACGUGGACAGGCUGUGUCAGAAGCUGAGCGGAAUCGUGCCCACCGUCCUCGUAUCUCCCUUCACCAUCGGCUACUACAGCUACCAGUCGUUCAGCGUCGCCGGAGUCGGGGGACCGCUCGCCGUCUUCAUUUACUUCGGGCUCAGCACCAUCGUCAACAAGCUCCUCAUCGGUCCGGUCGUGCCGAGGGUCUAUGAACUCGAGAAGCAGGAGGGACGCUUCCGCUACAAGCACGCUCAGGUCAGGGCCAACUCGGAGUCGGUCGCCUUUCUGGACGGCGAGUACGCGGAGCUGGACAGCACGGAGGGCCUGCUCGCCCGCCUGGUUUCGUCUCAGCAGGCCGUCUACAACAGACAGUUCCCCCUGAACCUCUGUGUCUACUUGUCUGACUAUGCCGGAAGCAUCAUAAGCUUCCUGGUCCUUGCGGUGCCCAUCUUCAAUGGGACCUACGACGACGUGUCUGCUGCAAAUCUGGCCGGAAUCAUCAGCAAGAACACGUUUGUGACCAUGUACCUGAUGAGCUGCUUCAGCAACUUGGUGGACCUGUCCAAUGCCAUCACCACAGUGGCCGGCAACACGCACAGGAUCUCUGUGCUGAUGGAGCGGAUGGAGGCCAUCAUCGAGGAGGAGGCGCUUGGGGAUAGGAUGAAGGGGCGGAGCCAAGGGUCAGGCGACGAGCCGGCGCCGCAGUUUGAGCUGUCCAACGUGUCGUACGGCUCGCCCUACGAGAGCGACGUGCUGGUGGCGGGCCUCAGCCUGAAGGUCACGCCGGACACGAGCCUCUUUGUUACGGGCCAGAGCAACAGCGGCAAGACUUCGCUGCUGCGGAUCCUCAAGGGUCUGUGGUCGGUGUCCUCGGGAUCGGUGAUCCGCAGGCCCAGGGGCAGCCUGUUCCUGCCCCAGGUGCCCUGGUUCGGCACCGGCAGCCUCAGGUCCCAGCUCUACUACCCGUACGACCCGCCCGAGUCCACGCCCGAGCAGGAGGGGGAGAUCUGGAGGCUCUUCGCCCUCGCCGACCUGGACCACCUGCCCAAGCGUGCCGGCGGCCUGGACACGCCCCUCCAGCCGGCGUGGUUCGAGUCACUGUCCCCUGGCGAGCGGCAGCGCCUGAGCUUCCUGCGCGUCCUCUGCCAGCGGCCAAGGCUCGCUCUCCUCGACGAAGCGACGAGCGCCCUGGACGUCGAUUCUCAGGUGCGACUCUACGACGAGUGCCGCAAGCUCGGCAUCGCCACGACGACGGUCGGCCACCACGCUUGCCUGGAGCCCCUGCACGAACGCACGCUGGAGCUGAAGGGCGCCGGCUGCGGGGGCGCUUGGGUCGUCGGGGAAAAAGGGCAAGUCACCGCAGGAUCCUAGACGCGCCGGAACGGAGGAGGCCAAACAGUGAGGGCGAGCCAAAAGGACCGUUCCAGUGGAAAGACUUUGGGGUUCCACACGUGGAUCUAUUCGGACUGUGCAUCGGAGGAACAUGGUACCCGAAGAGAAGAGUGCGGAAGUCAGUGGCUCUUGCGAAAACUCACCGCGGGAUUUUAGGCAUGUCGGAACAGAAGGAGCCGAGUGAUGUGGGCAGGCUAAGAGGACCUUUCCAGUUGAAAAUGUUUGUUGUUCCUUGUGUGGAUCCUUUUGGACUGUGCUUCGGAGUGUAGCAGUGCCUGAAAAGAAGAAUUCAGAAGUCAAUAGGGCAUGUGAAAAGUCACCAUGGGACCUUGUACGUGUUGGAACAAAAGAAGCUGACAUGGGCGGGCUAACGGGAAUUUCUCCAGCUAAGGGGGCACACUCCCUGGGAAUGUCAGCUUUUGAACCGCUCACUCAAUCUGCGUGAUAUUUGCAGGUGGUGUUUGUAGGCAUAUAGAAGGAGAUCAUGCAAAGUUUCAGCCCUGAGAACCAGUUUUACGAGGUUCUAUACCCCCAGAACGAAGUAAAGAGUAGCUUUGCUUGGAAUCUGUUCAGUGAUCUGUCGUUGAGAACCGGUGUUGAUAACCAUAUGUUCUUCUGCUGGAAUUCAUACUGGAAUACUUCUUAACAGUUGCUAUAACAAAAUUUAAAAAAAAGAAUAUGCAUUUUCCAAAUAAAACAAAAAUUUAUGAAAACAUUUCUUUUAUUAAGUUUUGGAAAUUACAAUUUUUUAUAAUAAAGGAACUUGAAAAUGCAAAAUCUAAGUUCAUUGUAACCGGCUCCAUAAAAUUUCGGUAAAUAAAUCGUAAAUAUUAAGUCACUAAAUAGUUUAAUACUGAAACAAUAGUUUUAUUAAAGUAAAAUUUAUGCCAAAAAGUGGAACGAAGAAAAACGCAUUCAAAGUACUCUAACCCCUACCUUUUCUUUGGCAUCGGUGGACCGAAAAUAAUUUUAAAUAACUAUGCAUUGUAAACACAUAAAGCUUUCUGGGAAUACUCUCUAGGUGUUGAUAGAUGUAAAUGUGGCAAUUUUCAAAAUCAAUGCUUUUUGCAGAAUUUUUUUUUUUUCUCGGUAGUGUUCUGCCCUUUAGAAUGUUUGUCGUUCCAUACGUGGAUCUUUUUGGACUAUUCUUCAGGGUAUAGUGCUGCCUGAAAAGAAGAGUACUGAAGUCAGUGUGACAUGAAAAGGUCACCGCGGGAUCUUAGACAUUUUGUAACGGAAGAAGCCAAAUGAUGUAGGUGGCCAAAGGGACCGUUCCGGUUGAGGAAGUUUGUGGUUCCACGCAUGGGUCUAUCUGGACUGUACUUUGGGGGUAGCGAGGCCUGAAAAAAGAGAGUGAAAGUCAGUGGGGCACGUAAAGAGAGCAGAUUAAUGGAUGAGUUUGUCUGCUUUUCGAGAAGAAAACUAAAGAGGGAUUUUUAGCUAGGCUGAAAAUUAUUCAGUAUGUCUGCCUUUAAGAAUGGGUCCAAGGCUCUUCUGGAAUGUUGUGGCACAUCAGGAUGACACUCGUCUUUAAAGGAACAUGAAGGGUUACUGCCAUCAACGUUUUUUAUCUGAAUAUGCAGAAGGAUGGACAAGAGACUGAACAUGGACAUGCACUUCAGAGAGUGUGUCCGCGUUCGGUUCCUGUCAGUAACUGGUAUAGUUACGUUUUUCGCCGCUCUUUUGUAGCCAAGGACUUCGAGUUUGAACAUGUUGACUCUCUUAUCUGAAUUGGUCAUCUUUGUAUACAUCCCUGAAUCACGCACAAAGCCAAGGUGUCAAUGAGGCGAGGAGAUGGCAAUUCGCUGCCUGACAUGUCCCCACAUCUUGGAGGAAUUCAAAAGACGGCUGGUCCCAAAGUCGAUUUUAUGGACCUCUGCAAAGCAGUCUGGAUGCAGUUUUUGAAUCUUUUCUUAUAUUUCGUGCAUUUUAAACUGAAUUGCUAAAUGUUCGUGAGAGACUGGCGGGGACGUUUUUAAUUAUUAUGCUCAAAAAGAGAAACUGAUGAAACAAACUUCUCUAAUCAUUCCGUCCGAGUCAGGUGACCUCAACCCUUCCUGAUUGAUGUUCACCUCAAACAAGCCGACCAAACGAUUACUGACACCAGCGUGUGAUGUGAUGCAAAUGCAGCGACAGCAUCUGGUGCAAAUGCAGCUGAGAAUUCACUGUGAUCACACAUCUAUGUCAAGAAUGUUCUUGGCGUGCAAGACUUUCCUUGCGGUGCUUCACUGAUGGCUCAUGUUUUAUUAUAGCUUUUUGGAUAUCGGAAUUCAGAGGGCAUUAUUUUGCGUUGCUGUAAGAAACGUAGCAUAUUUUUUGCAGGAGAAGUUUAGUAAGUCUUGUGUUCUGUUGACGGCUUUGUGAGCAUCAAAUAUUAAUUUAUGUUCUAGAAAUUGCAAUGUCGAGAUUUUACUGAUCAAGUUUGUACGCAGAGAACUUUUCUAUAUUUAGGUGCUUGCCAGAUCUCAGUGGUACGUCGUCAGAUAUGCAAAAAAUCCCAGCAUCAGUCCCUUGCUGAGAUGAACUUGAUGCUCUUUUAAGGUUUGACAACUUUAUACAUAGUGCAGGUGUGCAAGCCUAUAAAUUGGUGGGGGCCCACACAAACAGGUGUAAACCUGCAAAACUGAAUCACCCAUACCCCUAUAAAAAUAAAAAGAAAAAAGAAAGGCCAAUACACCCAAAAAUAUAUUUGUAAGUCAUGUCUGGGUUUAUAUGUACAGGGUUCAGAGGCAGAGCUUUCCAAGUGGUGGUUGUACUUUAUAAAAACAUAUCUUUGCCAGAUCGGCCGAACGACUUUCCUACUUUUCGUGAGUACUAUUGUCAUACGUUUCCGAAGGUGCGUUGAGGCGCAGUGGUUGUACGUCCGAACCAAAUGGUAAUGCGAUGUUUUAGCAUUAACGUGUUUAAUCCACGAUAUCUUUUACUAAGUACAAAAUAUGUUUUUGUAUUUGUGGUUCCUUACUCUUUCUGUGACACUACCAUGCUGUGCUAGAGACUGAAGCACUGCCGAUCGAAGAAGUUUCUAUGGCUACCCUAAACAACAAAUGCAAGCCUGCAGUCAUGCACUUUUUGAACCGUGAUGGGUUCUUUUCUUAAUACAUUGCUCUACCCACUGCAAACAAACUUUGUUGAGGGACCUUACCUUCCAUAUUGUGGCAAUGGCCUUCGUUUACAUGUGAAGUGGUAAAUAAAUUUGCUGUCUUUUUUAUA